GAAGAAGAAGAAAGCCCAAAUAGUGCACUAUAUAGUGAAUAGGGACGAAUUCAGAUACAGCUGCAGUUUGAGCGCUCAGAUCAAUGUUCAUCAUGAGAGAGCAGGUGGAUGUGAUUCAUGCUGGAGAACAGCAGAUGCUGCAGACACCAGUGAAGAUUGAAGUGAAGCAGGAGAUAAAAGAAGAAAACACAACAGAGGAACAACAGACUGAUGAAGAUGAUGAUGAACAGCAGAUGCUGCAGACACCAGUGAAGAUUGAAGUGAAGCAGCAGGAGAUAAAAGAAGAAAUCACAACAGAAGAACAACAGAGUGAUAAAGAUGAUGAUGAACAGCAGAUGCUGCAGAUACCAGUGAAGAUGUGUUCAGUGAAGCUGCUGGACUGCAGGAACCUCAUGAAGAUGAGAGGAGAAACCACAGCAGAGGAACAACAGAGUGAUGAUGAUGAUGAAAUCAAAGCAAAGGAUCAAAAGAGUGAUGAAGAUGAUUUUAUUCCUUCAGAGCUGAUGGAAGUGAACAAGGAACAUCAAGAACUGAAUGAAGUGGAAGAGAAAUAUCAUCAUUUCAUUACUGAAGAAAAAUAUUUGAGUUGCUCAAAUUCUAAAAAGAAUGGAAAGAGUUUCACUCAGUCAGAAAGCCUGAAAACACAUGAAAGAAUCCAUACUGGAGAGAAACCAUACAAGUGCUCGCACUGUGGAAAGAGUUUCACUCGACCAGACAGCUUGAAAUCACAUGAAAGAAUCCAUACUGGAGAGAAACCAUACAAGUGCUCGCACUGUGGAAAGAGUUUCACUCGACCAGACAGCUUGAAAUCACAUGAAAGAAUCCAUACUGGAGAGAAACCAUACAAGUGCUCACACUGUGAAAAGAGUUUCACUUUGUCAGCAAGCCUGAAUACACACAAGAGAAUCCAUACUGGAGAGAAACCAUACAAGUGCUCACACUGUGGAAAGAGUUUCACUCUGUCACAAAACAUGAAAACACACAAGAGAAUCCAUACUGGAGAGAAACCAUUCAAGUGCUCACACUGUGGAAAGCGUUUCACUCUGUUACAAAACAUGAAAACACAUGAGAGAAUCCAUACUGGAGAGAAACCAUACGAGUGUUCACACUGUGGAAAGAGUUUCAGUAAGUCACACAACAUGAAAAUGCAUGAAAGAAUUCAUACUGGAGAGAAACCAUACCACUGUUCUUCAUGUGGGAAAAGUUUCAGUGAAGCAAAAACUCUUUGGAAACAUGAAAGAAAGAGUUGCCGAAGUGUUCACAUUAAGAAAAAAAAAAGAUCUUCAGGUCCAACUAUAUCAAGUAAAUAGUUUACAAUUCAGAUAAACCCAAAGAUGGAAUUUCUUCCAAAUGAGCAGCAUCAGAAACAAUUUAUCAUUUAUUUAAUUGGAGUCUGUUGGAGGUGUACCUGAUUAUGUAUUUUAAGGCUUAGCUUCAAAUCAGUGCCUCCGCUUGACAUCGUCGGAAAAUCAAAAGAAAUCAGCCAAGACCUCAGAAAAAAUCUGUGGUCCUCCACAAGUCUGGUUCAUCAUUGUGAGCAAUUUCCAAAUACCUGAAGGUGCCAUGUUCAUCUGUACAAAUAAUCGUAUGGAAGUAUAAACACCAUGUGACCACACAGUCAUCAUAUCGCUCAGGAACGAGACGCAUUCUGUCUCCUAGAGAUGAUCGUAGUUUGUGUGAAAAGUUCAAAUCAAUCCCAGAACAACAGCAAAGGACCUUUUGAAGUUGCUGGAGGAAACAGGUAGACAAGUAUCUAUAUCCACAGUAAAACAAGUCCUGUAUCGACAUAACCUGAAACACUGCUCAGCAGAGACAAAUUUCACUGCUCCAAAACCACCAUGAAAAAGCCAGACUACAGUUUGCAAGUGCACAUGGGGACAAAGAUCUGACUUUUUGGAGAAAUGUCCUCUGGUCUGAAGAAACAAAAUUGAAAUUUUUGGCCAUAAUGACCAUUGAUAUAUGUUUGUUGGAAAAAGGGUGAGGCUUGCAAGCUGAAGAAGACCAUCCCAACUGUGAAGCAUGGGGGGGGGCAUCAUCAUGUUGUGGGGGUUUUUGCUGCAGGAGGGACUGGCUCACUUCACAAAAUAUAUGGCAAUUUAGGAAGGAAAAUUAUGUGGAUAUAUUGAAGCAACAUCUCAAGACAUCAGCCAGGAAGUUAAAGCUCGUCACAAAUGGGUCUUCCAAAUGGACAAUGACCCCUCCAAAGUUGUGGCAAAAUGGCUUAAGGACAACGAAGUCAAGAUGUUGGAGUGGCCAUCAAUGCCUUGACCUCAAUCUGAGGACUACAAACCUGACUCAGUUACACCAGUUCUGUCUGGAGGAAUGGGACAAAAUACCAGCAACUUAUUGUGAGAAGCUUGUGGAAAGAUCCCCAAAAUAUUUGACCCAAGUUAAACUAUUUAAAGGUAAUGCUACCAAAUACUGACAAAGUGUGUGUAAACUUCUGACCCACUGGGAACGUGAUGAAAGAAAUAAAA